UUAUUAUUUGUAUUAUUCAUGAUAGUAGUUAAAGCUCAGCCUAGGCUGUGAGAAAGAGAUAAUCAAAAGGUCUUUAUGUUUCCAAUCUUCUUUUGGAUUAAAGAUGAAGGAACAACUAUUUUUUUUUCUAACAAAUUGUCUCACGCUGGAUUUUUUGGAGCAGCACUUGAAGGCAGCACAGAACUGCCACUCAGUCAAAGUGGAAGUUCAAAGUGGUGUUUACGACCAUGGCUCGCUUUGUCCAGCAGGGGGCGCGUCCCGGGGCAGGCCCAAUCCAAACUCCGCACUCCGCUUCUCUCCUCGUACCAUGAGCUGAAUCUGUCCGGGACAGACCAGGGAAGAUGGCGGCCACUGACCAUUCCCGGUCCGAAGCUGCCAAACAGCGAAGGCAGGAUCAGCUGCAGCGAUGGCUGGGCUCCGAAACGGAUCGGACGGGGUCGGAAAACCGGGGAACCUCCGGGGGUUCCGGGACGCGGCGGGCCAAAGUACGGUUCGCCCAAGGUGCUGUGUUUAUGGCCGCCUGCUCUGCCGGAGACCGGGAGGAGGUGGCGGCGCUGCUCCGCCAGGGAGCUGACAUCAACCACGCCAACGUAGACGGUCUGACAGCGCUUCACCAGGCCUGCAUCGACGAAAACGCCGAGAUGGUGCAGUUCCUGGUGGAGAGUGGGAGCGACGUCAACAGAGGGGACAACGAGGGCUGGACCCCCCUGCACGCCGCGGCCUCCUGCGGCUUCAUCCAGAUCACCAAAUACCUGUUGGAACACGGCGCGCACGUCGGGGCAGUGAACAGUGAAGGAGAGCUCCCUCUGGAUGUUGCCACUGAGGAUGCUAUGGAGAGGCUGCUCAAAGCUGAAAUCAAAAAGCAAGGAAUAGACGUGGACCAGGCCCGCAAAGAGGAGGAGAGGAUCAUGCUGAAGGAUGCCAUGGCGGUGUUGGAGGGAGGUGGCACUCUGACUCCUCACCCGAACACCAAGGCCACCGCUCUGCAUGUGGCCGCUGCCAAAGGCUACAUCGAAGUACUGAAGGUGCUUUUACAGUGUGGGGUGGAUGUGGACGGCACGGACUCGGACGGGUGGACGCCGCUGCACGCUGCGGCUCACUGGGGGCAGGAGGAGGUGUGCACGCUGCUGGCUGACAGCAUGUGCGACAUGGCCGCCGUCAACAACGUGGGACAAACGCCUCUCGACGUAGCAGAUGAGAACCUGGUGGACGCUCUGGAGGAGCUGCAGAAGAAACAGAACGCUUUACGCAGCGAGAAAGAGAAACAGACACCUGUUAUUGAGACAAGUCCGCAAAUCUCCAUAGUACCAGUUCGCACACGCAGGACCUCUAUCUCCCGUAUGAGCAGCAAAGAGAAGAUUGGCCUCCACGAACGGGAGAAGCACCCGCCUCCCGCCCUGCAGAGCAGUCCGGCCGAGGACGAGGAGGAGGAGGGCCACCCGGGCCAGGGCCAGGGCCAGGCCAAAGCCUCCAGCAGCUCCAGCUCGGAGGAGGAGAGCGAGUCGGAGAGCGACGCGGAGUCAGAGAAAGCAAAAAACAGAGAAAUCAUCAACAACUUGAACAACAAACGAAACAACACCAGCCUGCUGUCUACCUCCAUGUCGGCAAGCACCACUGCAAGCCAGCUGAAAAAGCAGGAACCAAGCAAGCCCCAAGCCCCCGAGGCCCCGGGCUCAUGGAGAACGUCUCUGCGGAAGGCGGGCAGCUCUGUGACCCUGGGCUCAGCCGGGCUGUCCGACCCCAGCCAGGACCCCGCCAGACCUGUGGAACCCGGCCUCGGAAUGACCCGCUCGGCCUCCAGUCCCCGCCUGAGCUCAGAGGCCGACACCAAGGAGCCACGGCUCGCUCGAGUGCCGCCAACUCCAACGCGGAGGCUCUGCAGUAUUCCAGAUAGCAGCCCCGAUAACUCCAACAGCUGGCUAAGCCGUAGCUCCUCUUACACCCGACGCCUUCAUAGUCAGUCAGGAAAUGAGCUCACUAGUUCCACCCCGUCUCUGCUUCACAGCAGCUCAUCUUAUGGAAAGAGACUGGAUGACGCCACCGUGACUUCAUCAAACACAGGAACCAGUUCGGCCGGACUCAGCCGCCUCAACAGCGUCUUAGCUCAGAGAAACCCUCAGGAACAGUCUGAAAAGAAGGAUCAGUCAUCUGUCAACGCUUCCAACUCUCAGAGCACAACUGCGGGGGAACAAGAGACCAAGCAAAGGCGCAAGUCCUACCUUACACCUGUGCGGGAUGAGGAGGCGGAGGCGCAGAGAAAAGCUCGCUCCAGACACGCACGGCAAUCCCGCCGCUCCACUCAGGGGGUGACGCUCACCGAUCUACAGGAGGCAGAGAAGACCAUCAAAACCAUGAAGACAGACACCAAAGGGAAAGAACAGACGGAGGAAGAAGAGAAGGAGAAAGAGAAGGAGGCGAAGCAGAAAAAGGCAGAAGAGGGGGAGGUGAGCUGGAGGUCUCGAAUUGCCAGUUUGCAGAAGUCCGACCUGCUGGGCCUCACGCAGCCCGCUGGCACGCCCCGGCCUCAGACCUCUGACAGGCGAGAUGUGGAGGCCAACACGGGAGAGAGUGAAACAGAGCGAUGGGCCAGGGAGCGCAGGGAGAGGAGACAGGCUCGGGCCAGAAGGAAGGCGCAGAGGAGCGGGGAGAGUGAAGACGUCGAUCCCAGCGGAGAGGAAGAGUUCUCAGGGAGUGGGCUGGAUCCACAGAAAGAUCAACAUGCAAGUUCCAGGUUGGACUCAUCUUCUAAAGACCGCACCCAGGGAGCUGGAUCUGACUCUAAGGACUUUAAAAAGCUGUUUGAGGAGUUGUCCAGGGAAAACAGCCAGCUCCAGUCCCAGCUGCAGGACACCCAGAGGAGUGUCAGUCAGACCAGGUUGGACCUGGAGAAGGCCACGCAGAGACAGGAGCGCUUCAGUGACUGCUCAGCCAUGCUGGAGCUGGAGAGAAAGGACCGGAGGAUGUUGGAGCGGCGCAUGGCCGAGCUGGAGGAGGAGCUAAAGGUUCUGGUUGACCUGAGAGCAGACAACCAGCGUCUUAAAGAUGAAAAUGGAGCACUGAUCCGUGUCAUCAGCAAACUCUCAAAAUAGAUGAGACAACCUCCAGGGAGCCUCCCCCCCUCUCUCCAUCCAUUCAUCCACUUUUUCCAUCCUUCCAUCCAUACAUUCCACCCAGUGCCAAAGAGCGAGGGGCGGCAGCGGGGGGGGGUGGCCGAGUGUCCAGCGCUCAUGAGCACUACAGUUUGACUUGGAUUGCGGUGCCUCUCUCACAGCAGCUGGAGUGUCCUCUGCGUGCCUUAAUGCUCCGCCGUCACAGGGGGGACCUGCGGAGCGAAAACAACCAUGACUGUGCGUCAGGUGGACGCCAACGUGCACGCACGCUUCUUUACGUGCAUCCGUACUUCCUCGAUUCCACUGAGCACAGAUGACCGCUUGCGUCUUAAAGCUUUCCACUUUGUAUUUAUUUCAGUUUUUUUUGUUGUUGUUUUUUUUUUGUGAACACUUCACGUCACACAUUCACAAAGUUUUCUCCACUCAAAGUUGAAUUGUUUUGGGGGUGUACUCCUGAAGCCCGGCUAUGAAGCGUGUUUCAGGCCCUGCCUUUCUUCCGCUGGGCCCAGUCCCAACGGCAGGGGAAGAAGUCUGUGAAGCUCUGUCGGACUGAUUUUGUUUCCACGUGCAAGUGUUUGAACCCACCUACCUCUCCACCUAUGCACUUCCCCACAUCUUUAUUAUUGUUUUUAGUAUUUUCUUUGUCACCACAGACAAACUCCAUGCUCUUAAAAAACGAACCUGGUCACUUGACCACAGCACUUUACUCUCUGCGAAGCAAUAGAUGACCCUUCGCCCGUCCGCCAGACAGCGUCCAUUCAGAGCAGCAUCCUCUCUGAGGGAGCACCCAGGGAAGUUUAGCUCAACUUAAAAGGCUGUUGCACAGUUUAUUAAAUUGCUGUUCUGCCCAAGCCCAAGCCAACAAGUGGUUUUAACAGUUCCGACUUCUAAAGAUUAUUUCCAUAGUUUUUCCAUGUCAGUUCCUCUCCUGCAAAGAAGCAUGGUGUUGUAUAUAAAUGUUAGUCAUGAAUAGUCCCCCUUUGAAGUGAAAUUCCAUAUAAUCUUGCUUCACAUGUUGGUUUUCUAAUAAUAUUAAAUAUGGAUGUCUGCACCUAAUAAAAAGAAAAAUGUGUCGCACCUGCUUGGUUAUUGUGCGCACCAGUCAGAGUUGUGGCUUGAAACUUUCUUUUGCUUGCGUUACUGAUUUCCUUUUUUUUCUUUGGCACAAAAAAGAAUAAAAAAUUCAAAGAUGCCUCUUAGACGUGCAUCCUUCGGCAACACGUGUUUCUUGCCUGCAUUCCUGCUUUCUUCGUGACGUGCGUUUGUCAUCAUGUUGUUCACUUUGAUGUAUUUGAGGUCACCUGCUUGUCUUCUUUCCACUGUCUCCCCCCCACUGCACUGCGUCAUCCGGUUGUACAGUGUCAGAUUGUUUUUUGGUUGUUAUUGGGGUUUUUUUUUUUGCUUGCUGGUAGCCAGAUGUCAAACAUCACUUGGGAGAAGGAAAAAAAACAACAACAGCUGCACCACUAACAUACCAUGAACCUGGAAGAGGAAGCGGGGCUGCACAGAUGUAUUUACAGUGUGUUUGCGCUGUUACAUUAAUCUAACGCUGGUCCCAGGUGCAUGAUCCAUAAAGAGUAGCUCAAGGGUCAUGACAGAAAUUACUAUGUGAUGGAUUAGUGUGCAGAGAUCUGGGAGAAAGCUGUGUGAGUCCUGGCUUCUUUUGAGCUUGUGUCCAGUGGCACCGAAGUGUAGUUAACACAAUCCUCCAUCUGUUUGUCUCAUCCGAGAGCAGAAAGAUGGACCACUGUCCUGCAGGGUAGAAGUACUGACAACAAGCUGAGCACCUAAUAAGGAAGGGCAGGCCGUCCGAAGCCCUCUCUCUGUAAAUAUCCCUCAGGUCUGAGAAAGGCAGGGGAAGGGAGCCGGGGAGGAAGAGGGAAGCGGAUGGAUUGCAGCCUUAUAUGGACAAAGCACUGCUUUUCCCAGGGUUUGUGGCUCUGACCCCCGGCAUGGUGCCAGAUGCUGCACAAACGGCUCCGUGGUGCCACCCAGAGGUGCAGCUCAUGCAAUGCUGCAGACCAGCUGCUGGUGAGGCCGGAGACGUGGAAGAUGUGGUAUUAGCACAAUUCAAUUGCUACUGUUCCAGGAUGAUCAGCAUGUUGUCAGAGUCCCAGCUCCAAGAUG